UAUAAAUGUCCUAUAUAAAUAAAACUUGAUUUGAUUUAAAUAUAAUAACACUUAAUUAUUUAUGCAAUCAUCCUGUCAUUUCCUGUCCCGCUACGUCAUUUCCUUCCCAACCAAGCACCGCUCCGUUGCUAAGGGGUCCACCUGCUGCCUAGUUACCGAAACAGUUUUCAGCGCGUGGAUUACAGACUGAUUUGUCUCAAAUUAUCUCGUUUUUGUCACUUUAUUUAACAUUUAAACUACAUUAAAGUGGAGGAAAUACUGCGUCGUCAUGGCCAACGCCCACCGGACCAACGCGCUGGUCACUUCUUGUCUGAAAACGCCGGUAGAUCCGCACACCAAAGCGCCGUUAGCUUCUUACGAGCGGGGGAGACGAGUGCUGCCACACACAUAUACCUGUUUAGCGGACAACCGGGACUACGAGAGGGAGCGCGAGUACGAAGACUCUGGCUCUGAUUUCUGUGAGGAGGACUAUGUGGGGAGGGGGGGGGCUCUCAUGCUGACGGACUACAGAGCGGCAGGAGAUCGCCUCGACCUGAGUGAGAUCUUCUUCUCCAACGAGGAGUACUACAGCAAGCUGGAGGAGCUGAAGAAGGCUCACCUGCGCACCAUGGCCGAGCUGGAGAGCAUGUACCGGAGGAAGCUGCAGCUCAAGGCCUCGGAGCCCCCGGGAGCCACCGCGCUGCAGGCAGACAGGCACAGGGUCCCAUGGUCACACGGCAGCCCAGCAGCUUCACGUCACUUGAGGAAGUCUCAGUCUGCAGUUGAGCUGAGGAGGAGCUCCCCUCUUUCAGACUACUCAGACGAAGAGGAGGAAACGCAUGUGGAGAAAGGCUUGGUGUGCUCUCCUAAAGAGCACAUCAAGAACAUGUGGCAGGACUUCAAGCUGUCCCCUAAACACCUGUCCGCCUCCUCCGUGCAAAGCCUGUCCGCAGACCAGAAGAAGCCACGCAAGGGAAGAGGAAAGAAGAGGCAGGAGCAUGAAGACAGAGAGCAGGACAACUUGAAACCCAAAUCCACCGUCCCAGAGCCUUUCCAGAUGAUGCUGCGUGAGGACGAGAGGCGGAAGCGUGGCAUCAAGUCUCGCUCAGAGAUCGAACAGGAGAACGCAGACCUGAGGCGGCAGCUGGAGGAACUGACCGAGUGCCAGAGGAAGUUCCGGGCCAGCCCCAUACCGGCUCAUGUUCACCUCCCGCUCUACGAGGAUCUGCAGGGGCGCAAGAAGCGAGAAGACGUGCAACCUCGAACCCUCCAGAAGCCCUUCAGCUUCCUGGAGAGGGAGCGGCUGAAGAAGGAGCAGAAAGAGCGCCAUCCUUCACCCAAUGAGGACAGAGUGAAACCCUUCAGAGCCACGCCUGUUCCCAGGUCUGUGUACGCAGCUGCCACGGGCGAGCAGAUGAAGGAGGAGCAGCUGUAUCGCUCCAUCAAGAUACAGAUGAGAGCUCAGGAGAUGCUCCACAGCGCCGCCAUGCCUCCCAGCAUGCUCACACGACGACUCAGCGACCGCAAGAAAAACAAAGACGGUAGCUCUGAGGUCAAAGGGGACGACAACAUCUCCCACAAACUCCACAUCCACACAGAGGUGCCCGACUUCGACGCCCGUUACAGACGCUUCCAGAAACACCUGGAGAAACAGAAGGAGGUGAAGCCCACUACUACGUGCGAACCAUUCGAGUUGAGGACGUCCCACAUCAGUUCGCACCGUGAACGCAUCCUGGCCGACAUGGAGAAGGAGCAGAGCAGCCCGAAGGCGAUGCGCUGGCCACACGUCAGCCGCGGGAAAUCUCGCACGGCAAACUCUAGCCUGUGCUCGUCGCUCUCCGGCAGCCUGGAGAUCCUGCCGGGGAAAGUGACAGACGCCACAAAGAAGCGCCAUGACGCCGUGAGAAAGGUGCUGGAGGAGAGGAGGAAGGCCGAGGAAGAGGAGGAGCGGUGGAAGGAGAGCCAGAGGCAGAGGGAGAGGAAGCUGCAGCGGGUGGUGCUGAAGCGAGCGCAGGCCAACGACCCCCACCUGGCUCUCUCUCUGACGAACCAGGGCAAACUCAAAGAAUUCAGGAAACAAGGGCUUCAGCGUAAGAAGGAGUACCAGCAGGAGAUUAAGGAGAUGAAGCAGAGAGUGAAGGGCAGACCGCUGCUGCUGGAGCAGGUCGCUCAGAGGAAUGCUAAGCAGGCGGCGGAGAAGCGCUACGCAGACGCUCUGCAGGGAUGUGACCUGACUGAAGACUUCAUCAGCAGCAAGGCGGCUGGAGCAGGAUCUGAACACAACGCCUCUGAGUCCAGAGACAGCACACAGAGUGAACAAGAGGAGCCAGACAUGGGGUACAAACCUGUUCACUACAGGAAGGUCUUCAUGGGAGGUAACGAUGUGGAUCCAGAAGAAAAGGAAGGAGGAAGCGACGCGACUUCACAAGGUCUCCGUGACAGUGAGGACGCCAGCAGUCACCACUCUGAUCAGGAUUCAGAUGGAAGUUACCACUACUCAGACGAUCACGAGAAUUAUUCAGACGACAGCGAGCACGACGCUGACACCUCAAAGCAGGAAGAAGGGAAGUGAUGGCAUCGAAUAUCAUGAAACAAGCGGCCAUUGCUACGUCCAAAAACUCUGAUAGACACAACUGAGUGAGGAGGAACAACGAAAAGUUUUCAAUUCCUUAAAUGAUAAGAUGUUUUAUGUUAUUGUAAAUAUUGUGCUCACAUAUUGUGCUCAUAAAAUUGAGACUUUGAUAUCUUUAACCUGAGUACCUACAUACUGUACAUAGUGAGCAGUUAUUUGACAUUUCCAUGACUUUGCAUCAAUAAUGACAGGUUUAAUUUCACAUAACUGUAGUUUCAACAUCUGUAAAAUGUAAUGUAAAACACUUGUGUAAUUAGAUCUAUGAUAUAAAUUAAGUUAUAUUUAUUUAUUGCUAUAUGAAAUAUUUAUUGUUGUUUUUUGUUGUUAC